AUUAAUUAAUUUUUGGGGGGGUUUAAUUUAAUUAAGGACCGUCGAUCCUUUUCCGCGCGGGGCGGAGUGGAUCGAGGCGCGCGGGUGGGAAGCGAUCGAGGGGCGCCAUGGCUUAUCCUCCUGGUUAUGGGGGGCCAGGCUCCAAACACAGGGCCAGGAUCCCCCCUGUGCCACAAUCUACAGAUGCCCCUCAGCUCUUUGACGACACCAGCUCGGGCUACGGGCCACCCCAAGCGGGCUACCCCACGCCGGGGAUCGACAUGAGUUUCAACCAGAUUUUUGCUGACCCGGUUGCUAACGUCGCCGUGGCUUAUGGCACCUCCAUUGCUUCCCAGGGAAAAGACAUUGUUCAUAAAGAGAUUCACAGAUUUGUUUCUAUCAACAAGCUUAAGUACUUCUUUGCGGUGGACACGACGUAUGUGAUGAAAAAAUUAGGCGUAUUAGUCUUCCCUUACGUGCACCAGAAUUGGGAAGUUCAAUAUCAUCGUGACGUUCCUCUCACUCCCCGCCAGGACGUCAACGCUCCCGAUCUGUAUAUUCCUAGUAUGGCCUUCAUUACGUAUAUUUUGCUGGCUGGGAUGGCCCUGGGGAUACAGAAAAGGUUUUCCCCAGAGGUCCUCGGGAUGUGCGCCAGUACGGCCUUUGUGUGGAUGGUGAUUGAAGUCCUCGCCCUUCUCCUUGGUCUCUACCUUACCACGGUCCAAAGUGAUCUGGGCACGUUUGAUCUUCUGGCUUAUUGCGGCUACAAAUAUGUUGGGAUGAUCCUCACUGUGGUCGGGGGCUUAAUUUUUGGGCUGAACGGCUACUACAUUACUCUGGCGUGGGCCUCCUGUUCUCUUAUGUAUUUCAUGGUGCGUUCCUUACGGAUGAAGAUCCUCACUUCGGUGGUACAAGACGGACUGAGCCGGACCACCGGACGGGCACAGAUGUACGUCACGCUAGGCGCCGCUGCCUUUCAGCCCUUAGUUUUGUACUGGUUGACGGCCCAGUUGGUGCAUUAAAUGGAGGAGAGGAGA